AUGCGUUCCAGUAGAGCUGAUACAAUUAGUAAUCAAAUGUUCAAAAUUAAUUCAUAGCGUAACAAAUAGGCAUUUACUCUACUGGAAAAUUCAAACCGAGAGCAAACUAAAGUGUGUUUAGAGUCCCUAUUAUAAUAUGGUAUUUAGUGAAAAAACAACUUCAAUUGGGGUAGGAUGAGCCUGUCCAAGUUAUAAAAUUCCAAAAUAUGAGUAUCUUCUAUAUAUAUUACUUCACUUGGAUACUAUUUUUAAGUCCACAAUUACUAUACUAAAAUAAGGAAGCAUAACAUUGA